AUGAGCAAUGUCGACAGAGACAUGGACAAGCUCUCGUGCACCAGACAUGUAGAGUCUCUCGACAAGCCCAAUACUGUCAUCGACACUUACAGAUCAUACACGCCCGAGUUCUCCAAAGAGACGGAGAAGCACCUCGUCCGAAAGAUCGACAGCCGGCUACUCCCUCUUGUCGUCACCAUCUAUCUAUUCAACUAUCUCGAUCGAAACUCCAUCACCCAGGCCCGCCUCUAUGGGCUCCAAAAGGACACCCAUGUCACCGGCCCUCUCUACCAAACCGCCAUAUCCAUCUUCUCGGCCGGAUAUAUCGCUAUGCAACUCCCUGCAACCAUGCUUAUGACCAAGCUACGCCCAUCUCUGUAUCUUCCUGGUUGUAUCAUAACAUGGGCCAUUGUCAGUGGCUGUACUAGCGCAACAAGUUCACCAGGUGGUCUUCUUGCAGUUCGCUUUUUCCUUGGCCUUGUCGAAGCACCCUUUUUCCCAGGUGCCGUAUAUCUGCUCAGCUGCUGGUAUACUAAGCGCGAGCUGGGCGUUAGAAUGGCUCUGCUGAUAUGCGGACUGUUGCUGUCGAAUUGUUUUGCCGGUCUCAUCUCCGCUGGCAUUCUGUCCGGCAUGAAGGGUGUUGGCCAAUUGGCUGCUUGGAGGUGGCUCUUUAUCCUCGAGGGUCUGGCUACCAUUGUCGUAGGCUUGACUGCCAUGAUCUUUCUCCCAGACUACCCUGCUACCACAAAGUGGCUAUCCGAAGAAGAAAAGGUCGUCGCCCAAGGGCGGCUGGCUGCAGAUGCCGGCAGUGAUGAUGCGCUUGGAGAAGAAGACGUCAGAAUAUGGCGUGGAAUCGUCCAGGCAUCCAAGGAUAUACGCGUGUGGCUGUUUGCGUGCCUACAAAUGGCAACAACGGCAUCCAUAUCCUAUUCUCACUUCUUUCCGACACUCAUCAAACAAAUUGGUUUCAAAGAUAAUACGACGGUGCUUCUGCUCACGUCACCGCCAUAUUUGUUUGCAUUCAUCUGGGCCCUCAGUUUCGCCGUUGUCGCUGACAAAAAACAAAAUCGAUCCAUGGGCGCCGGAAUCUCCGCUGUGGUGGCCAUGCUGGGAUAA